AACAUACCAGUCGUACGCUUAAUCUAGGUAUUUAUAGUUGAGGACCAGACUGUGCAAGUUCAUUUUACAAAAUGAGAUCGCUACAAAUAGUUUUACUGUUGUUGUUCGCAUUAACCGUGUCAACGGCCACGGGUAAAUUGAAUUGGGAAAAGUUGCGUGGGGAAUUUUUCAAUGUCACCGGCACAGAAGGAACCCUUUUUGUGCAAAGUUUAAAAUAUUUACAUCGCGAGCCACCACAAGAGGAGACGCUUGAUCGUGCAAUUUCUCGUAAAGUAUCAACUAAAACCAUUGAACAGAAAUUGGAUCACUUCGACUCUACAAAUGAGAAGACAUGGCAAAUGCGGUACAUGGAAAACGAUAACUAUUUCAAGGAAGGUGGGCCGAUAUUCAUUUACGUUGGUGGCGAAUGGUCUAUAUCAUCGCUAAGUAUAAGAAUGGGUCAUUUUGUUGACAUGGCCAAAGAGCAUGACGGUUUACUUUUCUACACCGAACACCGUUACUACGGCAAAAGUCUUCCAACAAGUGAUCUCACCGUCGACAACUUAAAAUAUUUGCACGUCAAGCAAUCACUAGCAGAUUUAGCACACUUCAUUAAGUAUCAACGCGAGAAUUAUCCUGGUUUGGAAAAUUCAAAGGUCAUAAUGGCUGGCGGCUCCUACGCAGCAUCCAUGGUAGUGUGGUUUAAACACACGUACCCGGAACUUUUAACCGGAGGCUGGGCUUCCAGUGCGCCGCUUUUGGCAAAGGUUGACUUCCGAGAGUACAAAGAGGUCGUUGGUCGUGCUCUACGCGAAUUGGGUAGCGAGCAGUGUUACAGCCGUGUACAAAACGGUAUAGCAACUUUGGAAGAGAUGAUUGGGGGCGGUCGUGCUGCCGAAGUAAAAGCUAUGAUGAAGAUUUGCGAUAAUUUUGAUGAAUAUAAUGAUUUAGAUGUGUGGACUCUCUUUUCCAGUAUCUCAAAUCUCUUCUCUGGCAUUGUACAAUAUCAGUCAGGCAAUGAUGUACCAAAUCUGUGUGACUUCUUAAUGGAGCAGGAAAGUGAUGUCGUAGCUAUUGCAAAAUUCCUUUUACGGUAUAUUGGCACCGGUUGUUUUGAUCUCACCUAUAAGGACACUUUGACUUAUUAUAUAGAUUCGACUUUUGCAGCGGGUGCAAACCGUCCCUGGUAUUAUCAGACCUGCAACGAAUACGGUUGGUACCAAUCUUCGCGAUCUCGCAACCAACCCUUCGGCACCAAAUUCCCGGCUAAACUUUAUCUUACAUUGUGUGAAGACAUCUUCGGCGAGAAUUUCACUGAAACGAAUAUCUAUGCCAAUGUAGGGCAGACAAAUGAGGAUUUCGGCGGCUAUUCGCCAAAUGCUCCCAACGUUUAUCAAACACACGGUGGCCUCGACCCAUGGAGCGCGGCUGGCCACACAGCUGAACAAGGUGCGACGAUAAUACCAUUAACAUCCCAUUGUGCCGACUUCAAUUCGAUUAGGGCAUCCGAUAGCGCAGAAAUGCGCGCCUCAAAGGAAACAAUAGCCAAAUUGGUGCGUGAAUGGUUAGCCGAAGACAGCAAUGACAGUCACGCGAAUUGAUGCAAAAGAAUUUUUAUGAAGCACUUCAGACGUAUGAAGCGUGGAAUUCCAAUAGUCGCGGAAAAUUUACGUUUUGAUUAACAAUAAUUUCGAAGUCGGUUGGAUUAUCUUUACAGCAAUUUAAAUUUAAUGGAACCAUUUUAAUUUUUUUCUGCUGCUGAUAAGAUAUUUGGAAAUAUACACAUGUGUACAUACAUAAUUAGAUAUUUUUAGCUCAUGAUUGUAUAUUUAGGCUUUCAUUUAUGCUAAUAAAUAUGAAAACCUUACCAAUUAAUAUCUAU